AUGGUGGAUUCGAAAGAGAGAGACUUGGAGAGAGAGAGAGAGAGUGUGACUUCAAGUGCAUUUAUUGUUCCUUCUUCUCAAAGCAGAAGAAGAGAUGAGAGAUGAAGUAAAAGGCACAAAAAGAUCAAAUUUUGUAAACGACGUUAAUCAAACGGUUUAAAAAGACCGGAUCAAACCGAGAUUUCCGUUCCGGUUUGACGAUUUAUUAUCCUCAUUAUCUAUAUAUUUCAAACUUUUUAAUGAAAACAUUCAUAAAAAUUAUCAAUUUGGUUAAUUGUUUCUGAAAGUUUAUGUAAAACAAAAUUGUAGUUUCUAAAUAUUUAUGGUUUGAUUUGUUGUGGCUAUCGGUUAAGUUUGAUUAUUUUGAUCAGAACUUUGGUUAUUGUU